CGAACUGAUGCCAUUCGACUCGGGGUUUGAUGCGGGGAUGUAGUCCUCGGUGACCAGCUCGCUUCUCCCAGUCCUACGCGCUACUUUAGCAUAAAACUUUUGAAUCCCGCUGCCCUGCAGCGUCUCUGCUGACUUACCGUUUUGGCAAACCAGUCGUUUCCUAUCUAAUUUUUCCUCAUAAAACCAGGCCAGGCUAAACCUGUCGCGCUGUAAACCCCCACCUCUCUCUCUCCGUUUUUUGGUGGAUUCUUUUUCUCCCUCCCGAAGACAACAUUCUGCUGUUUAAGCGGACAUUGAGGACAGAGACGCUCACUUUACUGGACUUUUUUGUUGUUAUUCUUGUUCUUCUUCUCGAGAAGAUGAGGGAUACCCAGUGAGGCAACUAAUUUCUGCAACUAUCAGACCCCGCAUUGAUGUGCCCCGGUUGCGGAGUCGGGCUGCUCGGUCACUGGGCUGAGGGGCAGGUUCGUGCGGACAAGUCGUGUGGAGCACAAAGAGCUUUUUAAUGCCGAGCCGUCAAGUUUUUCGCCGUGUGUUGACAGAGGGACCGAGGUACGGCUAUAACGCUGGGGCUUUGCUUCAAGACCUUCCCUGCAGCGCAAAGUUAGCCAACUUUCCCCGCAUAAAGUAACUACGUGUCUUUUAUCAGCCUUGUUCGGGCCCUGGGUUCGUUGUUUCAGCUGCAGCAUUUUGAGCACCGUCCGUAGGGGUUUGUUUUUUUGCUUCUCAGGAGUCCGCUUUAAAUGCAGACUGGUUUGCGAGCAGUGGGUGCACAGCCGAUCUGCCAGAGCCGCUGGGCUUUUAAUCCACAUCCAUUCAUUUUCCACCACCUGGCUUCAACGCUAUGGAGGUGAUAUUGAGGAGCCUGAUGCUGGGCUGCAUCUUAUUCUCGGACCUGGUUCGUCUGGCUGAUGCAGAAGAAGAGGUCCUGAUGAACACUAAGAGCGAGACGUCAGACCUCAAAUGGACCAUCUUCUCCCAAGACACAUCCGAGUCUCAGUGGGAGGAAGUGAGCGGCUUGGACGAGGAGAGCAACAGCGUACGGACCUUUCAGAUCUGCCAGAUGGAAAGUUCGUCCAGCCAGUGGCUGCGCAGCGGCUUCAUCCAAAGGCGAGGCGCCUCCCAGGUGUACGUGGAGCUGCGUUUCACCAUGAUGGAGUGCUCGUCCAGGAGCACGCACCACCGCAGCUGUAAAGAGACGUUUAACCUCUACUACUACCAGGCCGACGCCAACGAGGCCACGGCCACGUACCCGCCCUGGAUGGAAAACCCUUACACCAAGGUGGACACAGUGGCUGCAGACUUUCUCCUGAGGAAGGGCGGGGAGCGGAAAUUCAACGUGAAGACCCUAAGGCUGGGCCCUCUAACCAAGAGGGGCUUCUACUUGGCCUUUCAGUCCCAGGGCGCCUGCAUGGCUCUGCUGUCCGUCCGGGUGUUCUUUAAGAAGUGUCCCCCCCUCGUCAGCGUGCUCUCCUCUUUCCCCGAGACGGUGCCCCGUUACUUGGUGCAGGAGGCGCAGGGUUCGUGCGUGGAGCACGCCGCCCUGCAGGGGCCCCGAGCUCGCUCCCCCAAGCUCUUCUGCGGCGAAGACGGCCAGUGGGUAGGGCAGCCGACCACGUCCUGCGCUUGUCUGCCCGGAUUUGAACCGGUGGAGAUGCAGACCCGCUGUGCAGCCUGUCCUGUGGGUCAGUUCAAGUCGGGCACAGAGGGACGCUGCAGAGACUGUCCAGAAUACAGCCAGGCCCCCAACAGAGGGGCGGCGGCGUGCGCGUGUCGCUCCGGGUACCUACGUGCCGAUUCCGACCCUGCAGAGAGCUCAUGCUCCAAACCUCCCUCGGCGCCUCGCAGCGUCAUCCCCCAGAUCAACGACACCACGCUCACCCUGGAGUGGAACGAGCCUUUGGACAGAGGUCACCGAGAAGACCUCAGCUACGCCAUCAGGUGCUCGGUGUGCAGGUCGCCCAGGGGAACGUGUCUCCCCUGCGGAGACAGCGUCAGCUACCGUCCGGCGCAGGAAGGCCUGCAGGGGCGCAGGGUGGAAGUGUGGGGCCUGUUGCCUCACACCACGUACACCUUUACCGUCCAGGCGCUCAACGGCGUCUCUCCGCUCAGCACCAAGGAGCCGGCUGGCGAGAGCAUCAACAUCACCACCAGCCAUGAAGUGCCAUCGCUGGUGUCUGCCAUUCGGAGGAGCGACUCCACGGAGAGCAGCCUGACCCUGCAGUGGUCGGUCCCAGAUCAGCCGCACUACAACGUGCUGAUGUAUCAGCUGCGCUACUGCGAGAAGGAGAGACGCAGUGAAAAUCCGUGCUUGUACACGGAGACCAAAAGAAACCAGGCUGUGCUGACAGACCUCCGCAGGGCCACUCAGUAUGAAGUGCAGGUUCGGGCGCGCACCCAGGCUGGUUACGGCAGCUUCAGUCCUGCAGUCGUCUUCCGCACCCUGCCUGACGGAUACGACUCUGCCUCUCAGUUCUUGGUGCCUGGCAUCCUUAUCGCUGUCGGGAUGCUGCUGCUUGUCACUUUUGUCGUCUUAGCCGUCUUCUGCCUACGCCGACACAGCCGAGUCAAAGAUCCGGAGCUGAGCGACAAAAACAGCCAGUACCUCAUUGGCCAAGGGGUCAAGGUUUACAUCGACCCUUUCACCUACGAGGACCCUAAUGAGGCGGUGCGAGAAUUUGCCAAGGAAAUCGACGUUUCCUUUGUCAAGAUAGAGGAGGUUAUCGGCGCCGGCGAAUUCGGCGAGGUGUGUCGAGGACGGCUGAAAAUCCCGGGGAAGAAGGAGAACUACGUGGCCAUCAAGACCCUGAAAGGAGGCUACACCGAGAAGCAGCGGAGGGACUUCCUGUCCGAGGCCUCCAUCAUGGGCCAGUUCCAGCACCCCAACAUCAUCCACCUGGAGGGCAUCAUAACAGCCAGCUGCCCCGUCAUGAUCCUCACCGAGUUCAUGGAGAACGGCGCGCUCGACUCCUUCCUGCGGCUGAACGACAGCCAGUUCACUCCCAUUCAGCUGGUGGGGAUGCUGCGCGGCAUCGCCUCGGGCAUGAAGUACCUGGCAGAGAUGAGCUACGUCCACAGAGACCUGGCCGCCCGCAACAUCCUGAUCAACAGCAACCUGGUGUGCAAGGUGUCCGACUUCGGCUUGUCGCGCUUCCUCCAGGAGAACUCCUCCGACCCGACGUACACCAGCUCUCUGGGAGGAAAGAUCCCCAUCCGCUGGACAGCACCCGAGGCAAUAGCCUUCAGAAAGUUCACCUCCGCCUCAGACGUGUGGAGCUACGGCAUCGUUAUGUGGGAGGUCAUGUCUUUUGGAGAGAGACCCUACUGGGACAUGAGCAACCAGGAUGUAAUCAAUGCCAUCGAGCAGGACUACCGGCUGCCGCCGCCGCCCGACUGCCCCUCCCACCUGCACCAGCUGAUGCUGGACUGCUGGCAGAAGGACCGCUCGGCGCGUCCCCGCUUCGCCGAGCUCGUCAGCGCUCUGGACAAACUCAUCCGCAACCCCGCCUCGCUGAAAAUAGUUGCUCAAGAGGCAGGAGGGCCGUCCUACCCCCUGCUGGACCAGCGUGCACCUUUGGCCCUCUCACCGUGCUCUUCAGUCGGGGAUUGGCUGAGGGCUAUCAAGAUGGAGCGCUACGAGGACAGCUUCCUGCAGGCCGGCUUCAACUCAGUAGAUCAGCUGGCCCCAAUCACCGCACAGGACCUGCUGCACAUGGGAGUGACUUUAGCCGGACAUCAGCGGAAAAUCCUCUCCAGCAUUCAGACAAUGACCUCGCAGAACAAGAGCGCGGCGACUGUGACGUUCUAGCCGCUCUGCCCUUCUUCGUUCUGGACGUGAACACAGCACACAGGUGUGGCGCCGUGUCCUAGAGCGGGAUCCUUUUCCUCUGACCCACUUUGAACACGGACUCUGGGGAGGCAGGGAGAUUGUAACGCCAACCAGGGAAAAGGAAGAUAAGAAAAAAAAAAAAACACACCAGAUUAGGAUGACUGAUGAGACUUGAACCGGUGAUAAAGUCAUCUGGACUUUACCUGCCAGAUUAUUAUUUUUAUUUUAAAGUUUGCAGUCGCUAUUUUUGCAUCUCGCAAUUAUAGAAUCCAGUACAUCUGCCAAACCACGAUGAGAGACAAACCAGUGUUUACACAGUUUCUAGCGUUCCAUUCUCAAAGCGUCUUUCACCUGUUUGUUGUCCCCCUCCCAAAAAAAUGUCACCUACACUUUUAGCCAAAGGAGACAAAAAAAAAACAUUAAUCUAAGACGUAGCUCUGUUUCAGGUUGUUAUAUGAGAAUGAGAACCGUUUUGAUUCUGGCUGUCCUUUACUAAUCCCUCUGGGUCAUCUUCCAUGUCAGCACCGCACAUUCUGAACUACGGGACUGGUUCGCUUCCAUUAUAUUUCAAAACGACCUCGUCUUUACUCAGGUGUGAUGUUGUAACGCGGACUUCGAGGAGCGCCGUUGAUGCCCGUAAUCAGACGCCUGAUCUUCCUCAGUCUGGCUCCCCCCUUCGCCAGCUAUAAAAAAAAAAAAAAGAAAAGUAGAAAAAAAAAAUACAAGAGGAAAAAAAUGAGACAUAAAAGAGACAUUUCAGCACUUUUGUCAUUUCAGAGUGAUUUGUAAUCUUGUGUGAUUUGAUGCGUUUCUCCCGGGCUGCGCUUCUGUUGGAUGUUUUCCGCUGGCAGCUCAUUUUUGUUCUAAUCAGCCAGAACAAGGACCAAGUGGACUCAAGAGACCAGCGAACACUGUACAAUUUGGUUUUUCAUGUUAUCUGGCCUCGAAACAUGUUUUUAAUCGAUAUUAGUGAUAAUGUACAUUUUUAAUACUCUUCUGUAUCCUCCAUCAUCUUCCAGUGCCAUUUAUAUGUCUAUAUGUGGUCUUAAAUGACUGUUUUAUAAAGCAGAUAUCUUUUCUGUGGGA